AAAAACCCUGUCUCGAAGAAAAAAGCAAAGCAAAACAAAAAAGCCACAUGACAAAAGCGUGAAGAAGGCAGGGUAGGAAGCAAGCAGCCAUCUGGUGGUAGUGGGAGACCUGAUCUGAAAGGGAAAGAAUCUGAACUCUGUUCUUAGGCUCCUGCUUAGUAUGGCCUCUGUCCAUCUGUCCAGCCUCACCCCCUCAACCCAUCUCUGCCUUACCUGCUAGCUGCAUUGACCACCUUCCGUGUUGUAGACAACUCCAAGAGCUUCCCAGCUUUUCCUCUGCCAGCAUAAUUUUUCCCUUGUUGGUUGAGGGUCCUAUAAGACAUCUGUGGAUGGAUGUUGUUGAAAUUGAGAGACAAGCAGUGUGUGAUGGUGUGGCAAGGAGAGGCUGGAAGGAGGGCGUAGAGAGGGCAACAAGCUGGGAGUAUUGACAUUUUUUCUCUUUGAAGUUUCUGCUAUUAUCAAGUGUGUGUUUGCGCAAGGAAAUACAUAUCUGAUACAGACAGCAGGAAAGGGGACUGGUAAGGAGGUCGUCAAGGAACUGCAAGGGGACAAUUGAGGAAACAGAUGAGCCACAUAGUCUCGUGGAGGAAGCAGAAUGUCGCUGGGGGAGACGGCAGGACACAGAGUCAUGCAGGUCAUGCUUAGCGUGUCAAAGUGGUUGGAGCAGAAUAUGGCUAUGGAAAGAAGAAAGGGGGGGAGGUUGGGAGGACCUGAGCUUACUGACUUCUGCCAGAUCUCUUUAUGCCAAGUGACUUGGAAACUGGAGACUCUGCUCCUCCUCAUGUCUUAGCAGCCCCUUGAGCUACUGUGUCAGAAACAAGGUUUCGGGCUCCUCUCUGCCAGGUAUAAGUGACGUUCCAGGGCACUGAGAGCAGACAGCCAGCGGAGGACAAGCCAGGAGCUGGACUGAAAGGCUGGGGGAAGUUGAAAGGAAGCAGUGACCUCAGGAAGAGAUGGGGACUUUGAAGGCUGUAGGGCAAUCAGAGAUGUCCGAGUGCCUCUUAAUUUCGGGGACCUCUGAACCAUAGAAUGGGGUCAAGAGAGCUGGUAAGUGGCUGUGGGUAUAGUGAUACAGGGCUUGUCCAGCAAGUGCCAGGCUCUGCUGGAUUUGGUCCCUAACACUGAGAGGGCUGUGGAGGGUGAUAGAGGGGGAGGUGUGAGGCUGCAGUAAAUGCAAUGGCCAACUUAUUCCUACCAAGUGUUGCUGGGAAGGACAGUGGGGAUUGUGCUUGGCUGUAAUGAAAAGUAUAUUUACAGAACUAUUCUGGGGCUGUAACCUCUGUUCUGAGGGCCCUGGUGUUGGGGCUUAGGAUGAUCACCCAACCACCAGGGCAUGCAUAUUGUAGGCUGCCUUGGGCAUGGUCCUCCAGACUUCAGGUAGAGCUCCAGCUUGGAACCAGUGUCACAGAGAUGCCCUCUUCUGGGGCUCUCAGCAGGAGCCUACUUUGACCAGAGGGUGUGUUCCUGGCUAUCCAGCUUUGUUUUCAAAAGGACCAAGAGUCUCUCUGAUGCUGCGAGCAGCUCCUCCAAUGACACGGUACAGCCCCGUGUUUGCCAUGCAGCACAUUUUGGGCGUGCCCCAUGUACUGGUACGGAAAAGCUUCUUGGGAAUGGACCUCGUUGUGACAAGGACUCUGUGCAGUCCUGGUCCCAACCAGCCCAGAGAGAAGCGACCAGAGGCCGCAGCCUUAGGGUUGUAUCACCGCCUCCCCGCACUGGGAAGAACUCUGGGCCACACCAUUCAGCAGCAAGCGGCCUCCACAGCCAAGGCUUGGUGGGACAGAUACGAAGAGUUUGUGGGACUCAAUGAAGUUCGAGAGGCCCAGGGGAAUGUAACCGAGGCCGAGAAAGUGUUCAUGGUGGCUCGUGGCCUUGUCCGAGAGGCUCGGGAGAAUUUAGAGGCACAGCAGGCUAAGCUGAAGGAGGUGAGGGACCGUUUGGAUCGGGUCUCCAGGGAGGACAACCAGUACCUGGAACUGGCCACUGUGGAGCACCGGAUGCUGCAGGAAGAGAAGAGGCUCCGAGCAGCAUACGUGCGUGCAGAAGACUCAGAGCGGGAGAAGUUCUCUCUCUUCUCCGCAGCUGUGCGGGAGAGUCAUGAGAAGGAGCGCACGAGGGCCGAGAGAACUAAGAACUGGUCCCUCAUCGGGUCAGUCCUCGGAGCUCUGAUUGGUGUGGCUGGCUCCACCUAUGUUAACCGUGUCCGGCUACAAGAACUGAAGGCCUUACUCCUGGAGGCACAGAAAGGGCCUGUCAGUCUCCAGGAGGCCAUCCGUGAACAGGCUUCUAGCUACUCCCUCCAGCAGAGAGACCUCAAGGACCUUAUGGUGGAUCUGAGGGGCCUGGUGCAUGCUGGGCAGGGCCAGGGCUCCGGGUCACCAACAGGGUCCUCUUCCACCCAAGGGAAGGACAUAGAAACCCUUUCAGCUGCCAUGAGAGAACAGCUCAGUCAUUCUCGGCAGGUCCAUUCCUGCCUAGAGGGUUUACGAGAGCAGCUUGAUGGCCUGGAAAAGACUUGCAGCCAGAUGGCUGGGGUGGUUCAGCUUGCAAAGGCUGCAGCACAUCCAGGCCCGGUGGAUCCAGUAGAUGGGACCCUGCCCAGCUCUUUGCUGGAACAAGGGAGCAUGGUCUUGGCCCUGUCCGAUAUGGGGCAGAGGCUAGAAGCACAAGUCAACAGAAAUACUAUCUGCAGCACGCUGGUCACCUGUGUGACCUUUAUGGCCACAUUGCCUGUGCUGUACAUGCUCUUCAAGACCAGUUAGCCCUGGGAUCCUUCUUCAAAGGGGCCUAAGGGUGAAGGUGGCUGUUGUUGGUGAUAUAAUCAGUCUUGAGGCGCAUAUAGCCUUAGACUGAGUGUCAUCUAAGGAGCUGACCAACAGGUGUUUUUUUAUUUUGUAGGUAAUACUUAUUUACAUAAUUAUCAAAACUUUCUGUAAAUGUUCAAUUAAAAUAUCUAAGAAUUUGUAUUAUUUAAAA